AUUUUCUUGUCAGCGUGUCUGCGAAUGGUCGACUGAGAAAGCGUGGCACCGCCUCCUUUAUUGUAGAAUUUAAAGAGGCAGGGAAAGUGCCAACGCGUAUCUUUACAAGCCCAGAAAAAACCGUGAUUGAGACGUGUUGCUAAAAAUUGGACAGAAGAUGCUGCUGCAGUCACUACCUUCCCUCAUUCUCAUCCUCGGGGUGGUGGUAGCUGUGCCCGCUAAAGAGAAGCGUGUCCAUCGCCAUAGUGACCUGAGUGACCACGCCCAUGACGACUCCACUGGUUUCCAUUAUGACCACGAAGCCUUCCUGGGUAAAGAGGAAGCCAAGACCUUCGACCAGCUGACCCCUGAGGAAAGCAAAGACAAACUUGGGAAGAUUGUAGAUCGCAUCGACACAGACAAGGAUGGUUUCGUGAGCCAUGGUGAACUGCACCAGUGGAUCAAACACAGGCAGAGGAGGUACAUCGAGGAGAAUGUGCUGAAACACUGGAAGGAGUACGACCAGAACAAGGAUGGGAAGAUCGGCUGGGAGGAAUACAAGAACACCACCUACGGCUACUACCUGGAUGAGGAGUUUGACGACGUGGAUGACAAGGCUAGCUACAAGGCCAUGCUGACUAGAGACGAGAGGCGCUUUAGAACAGCUGACCGCGAUGGGGACGGCAUCGCCACCAAGGACGAGUUCACUGCCUUCCUUCACCCCGAGGAGUACGACCACAUGAAGGCCGUUGUUAUACAGGAAACCGUAGAAGACAUUGACAAGAACGGUGAUGGAAAGAUCACCCUUGACGAAUACAUUGGGGACAUGUUCACACCUGAGAAUGGAGAGAGUGAACCAGACUGGGUGCUGACGGAGAAAAAGCACUUCACAGAGAUCAGAGACACCAACAAGGAUGGUUUCCUGGAUAACCAUGAGGUAGCUCAGUGGAUCCUGCCAGGAGAGAUUGACCAUACUGACAAUGAGGCUAAGCACCUCAUCCACGAGACAGACACAGACAAGGAUGACAAAAUAACCAAGAAGGAGAUUCUGGCUAAUUGGAACAUGUUUGUGGGGAGCCAGGCGACCAAUUACGGAGAGGAUCUCACCAGGAGACAUGACGAGCUUUGAUGAAGUCAUGCGAAGGCUUAGGGAGGGGUUAAGGGCUCCAUGCAAAUGGAGCUCCGUUUGCGCAGUUAUGUACUUUUUGUGCAGCCAAAUUUUUGGAACAGACCGUAUACGUACUCUGUUUGCAUAGAGCCCUCUAGGGAGAGGGAUUUCCAAAAUACAUAUUGGGGUUUUGUAUUGUGAAAGGCCAUACACUUAUAAUGGAGAAUACUGUUACUAUUAUGGAGUUGGGUAGGGGGAAGUUCUGAGGGGAAAAGGUCACAGGUCAUAUUUAUACUGUUGAAAACAUUUCCAUGGGAGGUAACGGGAGCAUGGAGAUGUUUACAUACGGAUACAUAACCACAACUACAGCCUCUCUCACACACACAACACAAUCAUGCUCAAGUGUGAAUAAAGACACUCCACAAGUCAACAAGCUUAUUUUUUUAACAGCAUAUAUAGAAUAUACACUUGGUUCACACGGGAGGGGGGGGGGACGGAGGGGGCAAAAUUGAAUUACACUUGUGGUGAAACAUUUCUCUGAAUUUUAAAUAAAGCCAUGUUGGUUUUUCUACAAAAAGUUUAGUUUUUCUUUGACAUGACAUUUACUGUCCUAAGCAACUUAAUUUGUUUCCUGGUGCUUGAAUGGAGUUUACCACACCACUGCCACCUGCUAAAUGGUCUGUUAGUUUACCCAGAUUCCUUCAUUCUCCUCUCUUAGGAUGGGCGUCUCUCUCUCUCGGAGGUCAUGGACAAGGUCGACUUCCUUAAGUCAAGCACGCUGACUGACUACGGAGGUAUGUUGGCGGAUGAGGGUCACCAAGAACUCUGACCCCCUUGACCCCAACACAGCCAAUUUAACUUGAUAUACGGUACAGGCAUGAAUUGGUGUGUAGGCUGUUUGAUGCGUGUGUGCCAGAGAAAUAAAAAUGACAUUUCUCAGG